CUUACGAAACUCGUCUCGUGAGAAAUUCGAUGUAAACCCCUGUCUGGUGCCCCUGCGUCCCUUUAUUCGCGAAAUGAUCCGUGUUUGAGGUGCGCGCCUAAGAGCACAAACUUCAGUCAGUGACCACGUGCUUCCGCGCGAAGCAGUGCGCCGCGUCCCGCCGCCGCGAUUCCCAGUGUGUCCCCCCCGCGUACUAUUUCGUCGUCGUGGCGUUAUAAUUGAAAAAUCGAUCGUUUAACGCGCCCGUCCCGUCGGUCCAGCGAUCGUCGUGUCUCCGUCGACAGUCCGUGGGUCCGAAUCCGCGUAUUCCGCGCACGCGAGACAUGUCGUGCACGCGCAAGCACUUCAAGAGGACGCCGGUCUACGUGGUCGAGGACCACGAUGAGGUCUUACCGUUCAUAUAUCGAUGCAUGGGAUCGAAGCAUCUGCCGUUCGAAGGUAACACCUUCGUACAUCUGGAUUCGCAUCCCGAUAUGCUGAUACCGAAGGAGAUGCCGGCCGACACGGUGUGGGACAAGAAUCAACUGUUUAGCGAGAUCAGCAUCGAGAAUUGGAUUCUGCCUGCAGUGUAUGCGGGUCAUCUCAAGAACUUGAUUUGGGUGAAACCACCGUGGGCGAAUCAGAUGACCGACGGUGUACUGACGUUCCUGAUCGGCAAGCAGAAGGAAUCCGGCUUGAUAAGAUUAACUUGCCCCGAGCCGUACUUCCUUAGCGAUGGUUUAUACGCGACACCAGAAGAACUUGAGAAUACACGCGAGGUCACUCUGCAUGUGAUAACUAUUGGAGCUUUCAUCGAAGAUUCGGCAAAGAAGGAUGAUUUCACAGCCGUCAGUUCAGCAUUGCGCCAAUAUCUUCCUGAAAAAGAUACUCCGUACAUCCUAGACAUCGAUCUCGAUUUCUUUAGUACUAAAAAUCCAUUCAAAGAUCUUCAUGAACGCGUAAACCUCUAUGACAAGUUGGCUCCUUUGUUUACGUAUAAGAGGGCGGAAUCAAAUGAUCCAGAGGUUUUAAAAGAUUCGAUGAUAGAGAGGAACCAACAACUCUCCGAAUUGAAGAAUCUUUUCGGCUAUUUGGAAGAACAUCGUUCUCUAAAAGGUUACGACGGUUCGAAAACAUCACGGUAUGAAACCGUCGAUCGACUUUUUCAAGAAGUGACCAGCGUCUACAGAGACCCGGAAAUCGAUUGGAUGCUAGUGUACAAUGCAGGUUGCACUAUAGAUGAUACAGUUCUACCCGAGCAUGUGACAGAACCCAAUGAUCUCGAUCGCUUGAUCAACGGAACGUUCAGAUUAUUUUUGGCGGCUCUUCCUACGUCUCCGACAAUCGUCACUAUAGCCAGAUCCAGUGAGGAUGAUUACACUCCUCUCGAAAACGUUGAUCAAAUUCAAGUCGACGUUCUCGAUCAACUUCGCGAACGACUGGGCUCGGAAAUAGAUAUCAAACUGAUUUAUCAAGACGAAGAGCAACAAUAAUUCUUAAAAAAAGAAUGUAACCUUUUAUUCUUUCCUUUUAUCCUUUAAUUCCCUUUCUUACGGUUUGUCAAAUAAAGUCCGCCAAAGGCCACCAAUUGAAGAGGAUCUUAGUAGAGAUUGAAACCAGUAAUGGAAUUCACAAUCAAUCAUAAGUAUAAUUAUUUGUACUUAUUAAUUUGAUUAGAGUCGCACGCAUAAGCGCGCAAUAUAGAAUUGUACUGAUCACUGAUUUGUAAUUACAACUAUUUGUGAAAUAAAGACAUAACAUUAAACACA